AUGGCCUUGGGGAUGCGGGUGUCGCCAAGCGCCGGGGAUGGAGAUACUGAUCAUGCCGCCUCUUUCCUCCGACAGUUUGGGGCUCUUGUGCGCAAGAACUUCCUAAGCAAGCGGCGCGCCAAGCUACAGCUGGCUUUGGAACUGCUCUGCCCAGCCAUGAUCAUGCUUCUCGUCGGGAGCAUUAAGAAUACCAUCGUCUCCCAAGUCACUGAAGAGACGGUGCCCACGUCGGACACACCGGUUGCCACAUAUGGUGCCAUGCAGAACAUCUCCACCUUCCCCAACGUCCUCUGCUUCGACAACAACAUGUUUAUGAGGUGUGACUGUCACCUCGACGAGGACGCGUACUCAGCGCCGGGCAUCUACCUGACCGGGCUUGGCGUUGACACGACAGGAGUGGCCAUGUGGGCGACGCAGCACGACGCGAACACCCUGAUCGCCUUCUGCACCGCCGCAGUUUCCGCGCUCUCUGGGUCCAGCUCGAACACUUCCCCAACGGACGCGUGCGCCAUCGCCAAGUUUAUCUUCAAGGUCUGCCACGCUCCGGCCCUGGGUUUCGACGUAAGCACGAUGGGAUCGGAUACACUGGACGAUGCUUGCGGGGCGGGGACCUCGGAGUUGGACUUCUCCGCGGCGGAUUACCUAAGCACGAUCGAGUUCGCCAUCGGCCUUCUGGAGAGCGUGGUCAGUCUCUCCAUCCCCGCGGACGAGAUCAGCGACACCUGCGAGACGCUGACCUUCGCCGUGAUGCCAGCCGACGACGGGGCAGCCGCCGACGAGGCUGACGAUUUCUUCGACUACGUCACCACCGCUUUCCCGGAGACGGCUAGCCACUGGGUCAGCUACGACUCGGAAUCGGAGUUCCUCGACAUCAUCGGCGAGUCGGGCUACUCUCAAGACCCGGCCAACGACCAACCCGCGUUUGCCGCCGGCAUCGUCUUCACCUCCGGCACUCCUGACUGGGGGUACACGAUCCGCGCCAACAUGACGAAAAGCGGGGUCGAAACGGACGCAUAUUACAUGUUCAAUAUCCCUGUGACCACAGCCACGACUGAGAACAAUUGCAAGUCUCCCGCCGACUGCCCGGGCGAUGACCAGGGGCGCGACAUCGUUCCCUGGGCCGCGAUGUACCACCAGUCACCUGUGCUGAUGCUGCAGCAGCUCGUUGACAGCUGGAUCAUGGACUUGGAGCAAGGAUCCACGGCCACCGCGCCGCCACCUGUUGCGCGAAUCACAGAGUUCCCGAGUCCCGAGUACGAGAGCGAUGGGUUCUGGGCACAGGUGGGCAGCAUGUUCGCAAUCCUGGUGGUGAUUGCGGUGCUCUACCCGGUGUCUAACGUCAUCAGUGUCCUUGUCAAAGAGAAGGAGCUGCGCAUCAAGGAAGGGCUGAAGAUGAUGGGCCUCACGGACGCCGCGCACACGGCCUCCUGGGCGUUCAACUUCGCGUGCCUCUUCCUCUUCACGUCGUUGUUCAUGGUCUUCUGCUCUGGAAGCGUGUUCGAGUUCAGCGACCGGGGCCUGGUUUUCUUGUACUUCUUCCUGUUCUUCAUGGCGAGCACGGCCUUCUGCUUCUUCGUGUCGGCAUUCUUCAGCCGUGCCAAGACUGCUUCGACCAUCGGGACGCUGUGUUUCUUCGUGGCGCUGUUCCCGUACUUCGUUCUCGGGACCAACGGGACCCCAGCCAGCCAUCGUCGCGGGGGGUGCCUCCUCCCGCCGACGUGUCUGGCGCUCGGAACGGUGGCCUUCGCGGAGUUCGAGGACUCAGGGGAGGGGGUGACUGCGGACACCGCGGGGCGGAGCGAGGACGGUUUCACGUUCAACGACGUCCUCGGGAUGCUGUUCCUCGACAUUUUCGUAUUUUCCAUCCUGGCAUGGUACGCCGGACACGUCAUGCCGUCCGAGUGGGGCACGGCCAAGAAGCCUUGGUUUUUCUUGACCGCAAGACAUUGGUUUCCCGGUACCAGCGCAAAGUCUGCUCUGUCGGACAAGUUGGAGUUGCUGCAGACUGACGAGAGCGAGGGGAAGGUCUCCGUGGAGCCCGUCGACGACGAGCUCCGGAUGCAGGUGGCUGCCGGAGAGUGCGUCGCCAUACGCGGGCUGGCCAAGGAGUACAAGAACUCUACAGGGGGCUCGAAGCUGGCCGUAGACAACCUGGACCUCACCAUGUACUCCGGGCAGAUCACAGCUCUUCUCGGCCACAACGGCGCGGGAAAGACGACCACAAUCGGCAUGUUGACGGGUAUGAUCCCGGUAACUUCGGGGAGCGCCUUCGUGGCUGGUCGCGACGUGAUCGCCGAUAUGGCGAACAUCCGGCGCUCCCUGGGCGUGUGCCCUCAGCACGACAUCCUGUACCCGGACCUGACCGUGAGGGAGCACCUGCGCAUGUACGCGGUGCUGAAGUCCGUGCCCCGCGCGCGUCUGCAGCAAACGAUCACGGCCACGCUGAACGACGUCGGCCUGACUGAGAAGGAGAACGAGCUGACCACGACUCUGUCCGGCGGGCAAAAGCGCAAAUUGUCCGUGGGCAUCGCCCUGAUCGGCGGGUCUAAGGUGGUCUUCUUGGACGAGCCUACGUCGGGGAUGGACCCUCACAGCCGACGCUUCACGUGGGACCUGAUCCGCAAGAACCGGGAGGGCCGCGUGAUCGUCCUCACCACCCACUUCAUGGACGAGGCGGACCUGCUGGGCGACCGCGUGGCCAUCAUGGCCGACGGCGCGCUCCGGUGCUGCGGCAGCUCCAUCUUCCUCAAGAACCACUACGGCGUCGGGUACAACCUCACGAUCGUACGCGACAUCCAAGGGGCAGACACCGCCGCCGCCGACCCCACCGCCGCUGCCAUAUCCUCGGAGGAGGAAAACGACAAUGAGCAGGGCGUCAACACCACGGCGACGCAGGAGCAAGGAGUGAAGCCAAUCAAGCACCUGGUGCGGUCGCACGUGAAGGAGGCCACCCUCCUCAGCAACGUGGGCGCCGAAGUGUCGUUCCAGCUGCCCAACGACGCCUCGUCCUCGUUCCAGGACAUGCUCACGGAGAUAGACUCGCGGAAGACCGAGCUCGGCGUCAACAGCUACGGCUUGAGCGUGACCACCCUGGAGGAAGUGUUCUUGCGGGUGGCCAACGGCACCGCCGAUGUCGCGUCCCGCAAGGAGAUAGCCGGCAUCGCCUUGAAGCGCCAGAGCAGCCACUCUUCUACCGCCAUGAAGGCCGAGACCGCCAAGAUCGGCGGCAACAUCGGUAGCGGCAAGGGGGAGGGCUCGGGCAUCGACCGGUCCAAGCCCCUCUUCGGCAGGCACAUGAUAGCCCUUCUGAAGAAGCGCCUCCUUACCUUCAAGCGCGACAAGAAGAUGUGGGCGUUCGUCGUGCUCAUGCCGGCCUUCUUCGUGCUCAUCGGCAUCCUGAUCCUGAAGACCGCGGGCACGUACAAUGAGCCUGCUGUUCUGCUCACGCCAGCGGACUACAACAGCGGCACGGCCCUCUUUCCGUACUCGACUCAUUGCACUGCCACAAGUGCGCUCGGGACGUGCGACCCGGCCACGCUGGUGUCCGCGAUGGAUUUUCCCGCACAGGCGACCCCACUCGACCUCGACACUGCGGCAAACAGCGAUGCCGAUGUCGUUGAAUUGAUGAGCACGGCUCUUGCCGGACAGAGCUACGACAACAACGUGUACGGGGCGGCCAGUUUCCGGCAGGCUGACUCAUCUGAUGGCACCUACGACUACACCGUACAUGCCAAUUAUAGCGCGCUGCACAGCGUGCCGCUCUACAUGAACCAGGUCAACUCGGCCAUACUCCGCAUUGUCGCCGGAAACAAUGCGCUGAGCAUCACCACUUCCAUGCACCCAUUUCCACGCACCAGUUACCAGAACAAUAUCGACUCCGGGGUGGACUCGUUCAAUGUGACCUUCUACAUACUUAUCGCCUUCAGCUUCGUGCCCGCGGCAUGGAUGGCCUACAUCGUCCGCGAGAAGGAGACCAAGUGCAAGCACCAGCAGGUGGUGUCCGGUGUGGGUCUGGAGGCGUACUGGCUGUCCUCCUACCUGUGGGACUUCGUGUCGCUCAUUCCCCCGAUGGCCUUUACCCUCAUCAUUCUAGCCGCUGCUGACGUGGACACCCUCAUCUCCGGAGAGGCAGGGGCCACCACGUUCCUGCUCUUCCUGCUGUACGGCACCAGCAUGCCGUGCUACACGUACCUGUGGAGCUUCGCGUUCAAGAACUACUCGACCGCCCAGAAUGCCUUCCUGUUUCACAAUUGGAUCACCGGACUCAUUCUGCCAAUCGCGACGUCUAUCAUGGCUUUCUUCGACGGCAAGGUGUCGGACAUUGGCGACGGAAUCGCGGCCCUGGCCCGGCUCAUCCCGCAGUACGCCCUCGGGAGUGGGUUGAUGAAGAUGAGUUUUAUUCCCAUCUUGAGCUUCUUCAACAAUACGGAGUACACGCCGCUGGACGGCGCUAUUGCCGGGAACAGCCUGAUAUACAUGGGUGUCUGCAGCGUGGUGUACUUCGUGCUGCUGCUAGUUUUCGAGAGGAUUUCCGCUGGCGGUUCUUUUCUCUCCGGCAUCUAUGGCAAGCUGGUCCUGGGCAGGAGCCUGAAGAAACUGACGCCCAAACAGCUCGGGGACGAGGACAACAUCGACAAGGACGUCAGGGCGGAGAUGGACAGGGUGGCCGCCGGCGCAGCCGACAACGACGUUGUCAAGGUUGCCGGUCUGCGGAAGGUAUACCCUGUGAGCAACGGCGCCAAGGUUGCCGUGAAGAGCACGUCCCUGGGCAUCCCGCGCGGGGAGUGCUUCGGCCUGCUCGGCAUCAACGGGGCGGGGAAGAGCUCCACUCUCGCGAUUCUCUCAGGGGAGCUGCCGCCUACAACCGGAUCGGCCCUCCUCGGUGGCUUUGACGUGGGCAAGAAUCCUGAGGAGAUCCACCGCCUUGUGGGGUACUGCCCGCAGUUCGACGCUCUGUUCGAGACGCUCACGGGCAGGGAGCACCUCGCUCUCUACGCGGCGAUCAAGGGUAUCCCGGCGGACAAGCGGUCUGCUGCAGUGAACCAGAAGAUCGAGGAGAUGGGGUUGACGCGCUACGCGGAAAGGCCGGCCGGGGGCUACAGCGGCGGUAACAAGCGCAAGCUUUCGGUUGCCAUGGCCAUGAUCGGGGACCCACAGAUCGUGUUCUUGGACGAGCCGAGCACGGGGAUGGACCCCAUGGCGAGGCGCUUCAUGUGGAACGUCAUCAUGCGGAUAGUCACGGAGAACAAGGAGUGCGCGAUGAUCCUCACCACGCACAGCAUGGAAGAGUGCGAGGCUCUCUGCCAGCGCAUCGGCAUCAUGGUCGGCGGGCGCCUCCGGUGCCUCGGCACCUCGCAGCACCUCAAGACACGCUUCGGCAAGGGCUUCCAGCUGGAGGCACGCGUCAAGGCCAUCCUGCCCGAGGAGACCGACGCCAUGAUGGCCGAGCUGGCGCCGGCCACGAACGGGCAGGGUACCCUCGGAAACGACGGUGGCGUGCUGCGAGCGGCCCUCGCCGCCGCGCAGGCCCCCGAUCUAGAGGCGGAGGUCUCUGCCACCGGCCGCGGGGCGAGCAUCUACCACGCCAUCGCUAACCAAGGCGGGGUGCCCGUGAGGGACCUGGCGGCUUGGAUCUGCGUGGAGAAGAAGUGCUCUAAGGUGAUCGCCUUCAUGCAGCAACAGUUCGCGGGAGCAGUGAUGAGGGAGAAGCAGAACGCCAAGAUGCGCUUCGAGUUCCCGCCGCAGAAGAACCAGACCCUCGCGCAAAUGUUCGGCGUAGUUGAGAACGAGCGCGAAGCUCUGUGCAUCGGUGAGUACGCCCUCAGCCAGACGUCCCUGGAGCAGGUGUUCAACGGCUUCGCCGCACAGCAAGAAGAAGAGCUCGGGCACGCCGCGGGCACCAUGUAA